GUAAAAUCCUGGUCACAUGUCUAGUUUAGACAAAGACGAGUCAGGUGACCCUGUGUGAACGCGGAAGUUUGGAUUGGAAGAAGAGAAAUGGCUCCCAGCAAUUGGUUGUCUGGUGUCAAUGUAGUACUGGUUAUGGCUUACGGGAGUCUGGUGUUUGUGCUACUCUUCAUCUUUGUCAAGAGACAGAUUAUGCGUUUUGCUAUGAAAUCUCGCAGGGGACCCCAUGUGCCAGUGGGACACAAUGCACCAAAGGAACUAAAAGAAGAAAUAGAUAUAAGGCUGUCGAAAGUGCAAGGUAUAAAGUUUGAACCACGGCUUCUGGCAGAGGAAGAUGCCCGGAUGCUUGAGCUGGAGAAACCAGAACAGGACGGUUCUUGCAAUUAUUUAUACAGAAUGAAAACACUUGAUGCCGUCAAAGAUUCAGACAUCCCUUUCUAUGAUAAUGGAAAGAAACCCGGGACUCUAUUAAGCAAGAAUUUCCGGGCAUAUUUGCUUGAGCUUCGUGACGCCAGUUCUCCAUACAAAGGUGUCCGUAAGAUUUUGUUAGAGUCUCUCCUGGAUGGGUAUGAUGCUGCUCGAUAUGGCACAGGGGUGCAUGGAAAAACAGAACACCAGAAGUUCAUGGAAUAUCUUAAUGAGCUUUCAUCAAUUGUCAAGUCUCAAAAGGGAGGGAGUCAAGGGCGAUGCAUUGCUGCUGCCAAAGAUCUUACUGCAUCACCAGAACCCACUGAGACACCUACUAUCCAGGUGACUUACUUGCCAUCUAAUCAGAAGAGCAAACGGCCCAAGCACUUCCUGGAGCUAAAGAGCUUUAAAGACAAUUACAAUACUUUGGAAAGCACACUAUGAAUAGAUAUACAAGGGAGGGGAACUAAACAGUUUUUACCUGUGAUCGGAGCAGUUUGUAGCUUGUUUACGUGAUUAACAGGUUCCAAUCAUCUUCUGGCGGUGACCAAUGAAGCAACGCGACAGAAAAGUGCAAACCUCUCUCUCCUCUUUAGCAGAGAAUUCUUUUGGUUAUGUUUGCCUGUCAGUAGUAGGAGUGUUUGUUGCUGUGCUAUACAUACUGCUUUACAAAAUGUAUGUGUCCGCAGUAUUUUUCUAUAAACAGAUGCAUUUGGGGUACAUGCGUCUGUAUCUUUUGAAAUAAGAUAUAGCGUUGCUUGAGUGCCCGUAUACAACUAGAGACUGGAGUGUUUAUAAAAAAAUUUUGAGAGCUAUAUAGGAACUUUUGAAAAGACUGGAAAUGGGACUGUGUAUAUAAUGUUACUGUAUUUAUGUAUUGUACAUCCUGAAGUAAUUUCACCAAAUUUGUUCAGCCUACUAUAUUAUUGCUGACUCAGUUUGUAACCUGUAUAGUGUGGAUUGUGGCCGUCUAUUCAUUUUACAGUAUUAAACAGGAAUAAUAAUAAUAAAA